AUGGGUCUCACGGAUUUCUUCUCCGAUUUGGUCUCCUCCUUCGGCCUAGCCGAAGCUCAUGCUGAGGCUCCUCCCGCCGAGCAGAACGACGACAGCGCUGCCGAACAACAGGACGAGAAGACUGAGGAGUCCAGUGAACCCGCCGAGGAGUCUUCCGAAGCUACCGAGGAGGCUGAGCCUGAAGCUGAGGAAGAAGAAGAGGAAGAAGAGGAGGAGGAAGAGCCCGAGGAUAUCAAGCCAAAACUCGAGGAGGAAUGCGCCAACUCCAAGACAUGCGCUCCCUACAAGCACCACUUCGACGAAUGUGUUGAGCGUGUCACACGCCAACAGGAGGACGGCGACGCCAGCGGACCCAAGGAAGACUGCGUUGAAGAAUUCUUCCACCUCCAGCACUGCGCCACCCAAUGUGCUGCCCCCCAGCUCUGGAAGAGCUUGCGGUAA